AUAACCCCCAAACCCCCCCACUCUCCCGCCAUCAUGCCUCAGGAUAUGCCCCCAACGGGGGGCUACGCCCAAGUCCAGUACAAGCGGAAUCUUCCUGCUCGUGGCUUCAAGCCUUGGGUCUACAUGGUUGGCAUGCACGCGAUCAUGGCCUACGGUUUCUACAAGUACUUCCACGGUGUCCGUGAACAACGUGAGCUUGCUCGCGAGAAGAUGUGGUCCCGUCUGUACCUCACUCCCCUCCUCCAGGCUGAGGAGGACCGCGACCAGGUUCGCCGCUACUACGCCGAUCAGGCUCGUGCCAAGGAGCUUGGUAUUGAGGACAAGGUCUACAACUCUGACCGUUUCAUCCGUCCCACCUUCGCUAUUACCCCGGGCAAGGUCACUCAAUAA